AUGGGGCUUUUGGCUGGGGGUUUCCCCCCGGGCCCGGUUCCCCACCUCCUUAGAAAAAUGGACGUCCCGGCCCCCCAAAGGGACACCCAUUUGAUCCCAAAACAACCUGGACGUCCCUGGUUUCCCCAAAGGACACCCAUAUUGAGCCUGCUUAGUGCGGACCCCAAUCAACAUGAGGAAUCCGCAGCAGUGACCCCACCUCAAGCCACCUACAGCCAGGCUCCGAGUCCCCGGUUUACAGAGUCGAGAAUCCCCCCAGCUAACGGGGGCUAUCACGCCGCCACUCUCGGGCGUGACCCCAAACUACUGCUUGACACGGGGCUUUGGGGGGGUUUUUUCCCCCCGGGCCCCCGGUUUCACCCCUCCUUAGACAACCUGGACGCCCCGGGGUUCCCCAAGGACCCCCAAUUUUUGAGCAAGACACCCAUAUUGAUCCCAAUUUUAGUGGGGCCCCCAAUCAACAUGAGGAUCCGCAGUAGUGAUCCCACCUCAACCCAUCCUACACCCCCGGCCCCUCCGAGUCCCCCGGUUACAGAGGCUACUACACCCGCUCAUCUGGGGCGUGAUCCACUACUUGACAGGGGUGUUUUUGGCUGUGGGUUUCCCCCCGGGCCCGGUUCACCCCUCCUUAGACAACCUGGACGUCCCGGGCUUCCCAAGGACACCCAUUUUGAUCCCAAGUUUAUGCGGACCCCCAAUAACAUGAGGAGUCCUGCAGCAGGGGAUCCCCACCUCAAGCCUCUACACCCCGGGCCCUCCAGUCGCCGGAUUCCCAGGUCGAGCCAAACCCCACCCAAAUGCCUUAGAAAAAAGGAAAGUUUCCUGUUUUGGCAGGGCUACUACAAGCCGCUCACUCUCGGGCGUGAUCCACUACUGCUUACAGGGGUGCUUUUGGUGCGAGUUUCCCCCCCGGGGCCCGGUUCACACCCCUUAGAAAACCUGGACGCCCCUGGCUCCCCCAAGGACCCCCAUUUUGAUGCCAAGUUUUACAAAAAGGACCCAAAUUUGCCUGUAUUGGGAGGGGUACUACAAGCCCCCUUUAUCUCGGGCGGAUUCCUACUGCUUGACACGGGUGCUUUUGGGGUGCUGGGGGUUUCCCCCCCGCCCCGGGUUCCAAACCCCUUUGGGCAACCUGGCGCCCUGGCUUCCCCAAAGGGCACCAUAUUAGCUAACUUUAGUGGGACACCCAAACAACAUGAGGGGUCCUGCAGCAGUGAUCCCCACCCCAAAACCUCCCACAGCCCCGGCUUCGAGUCACGGGUUAAAAGGCAGCCCCCAACCCAGUCAUGA